ACUUGCAGCACGGCAAAAUUCUCAAAAUUAUUCGCGUUUUUUGUGAGAUUUCCGCAGAAUACAUCGAUAACCUAAAAUAAUAGCAAAAUCGUUAAUUGUAGGCCAAAAACUUGUAUUUAAAUAAAUAAAAAAAUAUCCCGUGUAAUUAUACGACAUGGAAGGCAUAGAAGUUCGCAUUGCGAAUAACAAAAAGGGCAAAGGAUUGUUUGCGACGAAACAGUUUAAAAGAGGAGAUGUGAUUCUCGAAGAGAAUCCACUGGUUUCUUGUCAGUUCGCAUGGAACGCCGCUUACAGAUAUUUAGCUUGCGAUCAUUGCAUGCGGCCACUGGAAACUCCGGAACAAAAUGUGAGGCGUCUAUCUAACAAGCAGGACAUAGUUCUGCCACACUCAAACUGUUUCGAGUCCGACCUACUCAACAUUACUAGCUGUAAUCAGUGCGGGAUACUGUACUGCUCAGAGGAGUGCAAGGAAAUUUCCUACGCUACUUAUCACAGAACACUGUGUUACAUUCAGAGUGAAGCACAGCAUCCAAUUAAUGUGCUGCUAGAGACUUGGAAACAAAUUCACUAUCCACCGGAGACAGCAAAUGUUAUGCUGCUUGUGAGAAUACUUGCAUUCAUCAAACAGCAUUCCGACCCAGAAGCUGCAGUAGCGACGGUAAAACAGUUCUAUCAUCGUACUGUCAAUGAAGACGCUGAGUUGGUACACAAACUGCUGGGAGAAGAGUUCAACAGUCAAAUAAAUACAUUGAGAGAAAUGACCGCUAAUGUUAUAAACGGAGAGUAUGUUGAUGAGUUCCUAACACCAGAGGGUUUUUGUUCCCUCAUGGCGCUGGUGGGCACAAACGGUCAAGGCAUUGGCACCAGCCCCUUGUCCCUGUGGGUCAACUCGGUGACGGAGCAGACCAUGUCUGAUGAUGAACGGCAACAGCUUGACCUGUUUAUUGACAAGCUGUACCAGUAUAUUGAAGAAGAAUCUGGCCAAUUCCUCAACACAGAGGGUUCUGGACUCUUCAAGCUGCAGAGCGCGUGCAACCACAGCUGCCAACCGAAUGCCGAGUCCGCCUUCCCCUAUGGCAACCACAGGAUACAGCUACGGGCGUUGAGGAGCAUCAUGCCAGGGGAUGAGAUAUGCAUCAGCUACUUGGAUGAGUGCGCGCUGCAACGGUCGAGGCAUUCUAGGCAAAAGGAGCUUGCAGAGAACUACCUGUUCAUUUGCUGGUGUGACCGCUGCAUCUCCCAGCGCCAGGAUCCCGAGUGCACCAGCGAGGAGGAGAUGAGCGAUGAAGAGAUCGAUGCUGAUGACUGAUGCUCCAACCUGCUCGCUCUGUGCCUGCUCGGACUAUAACCUGGCGGGCAAGUGUCGGGUAGAAGUGUUUAGUGGACAAGUGUGGAAGUUGACAAGUGCGGUUAUAGUUAACAAGUGUGGUUAUAGUUGACAAGGUGUAAGGCUAUAAUAGUGAGCAAGGUUACUUACAUUGGACAAAAAAUAAUAUAUUGGCCUAAAUAUAGUUUUAGAGGUGAAAUGCUAUUGUAAAGAAAAACUGUUAAAUAAAAACACAAUUAAAAACCAUAAAAAUGUU